CGACUAGAGGAAAAAAAAAAGAAAAAAGAAAAAAAGGGCAGAAAAAACAGAGGCGAGCUGCAAAACUCCCCACAAAUGAGUGUUUACUCCGGAGGAGCGGAGCGGAGAGGAGAGCGGCCGCAGCGGAGCAGCAGCAGCAGCAGCAGCAGCGGGCUUCGAGGCGCUGGAGAACAGCCGGGGACUAUCCGUGAGGAUUAACGCAGAGGCAGAGGCAGAGGCGGGGGGAGCAGGGAGAAGGGGGACUCUCCGGAUUACCCGCGCGCUGAAAAAGGGAAAACAAGCGACGCUUCGCGGACGUUUCUCCGCCGGAGAGGAUGAGCUGACGGCCGGGACACGGAGGAGACGGAGUCCGCGGCCCGGACGGAUCGCUUAUUUACAUGUCGUCGCGUUAACUGGGCUGUUUUCGCCGUUCUAACGCGGCGUCGAGGCAGUCGGAGCCGAGCCUCCCCCCUCCUGGUAUUUUUCCAGUUUGGACCUCCGUCACACGGACUCGCUUCCCCGGGCGCCGCCGCGGAGACAGAUCGGGUUGCCGGAGCCGAUGCCCACGGCGGACUGCAGGCUGCUCCAUCAUGGCCGGAUCAUGAGGUGUCUGACCUAUCUGCUCCUACUCCCAGAAACGCUGAAAAAGUCCAAGAAGGUCGGCAGGCUCCCGGGCAGGCUGCCGGUAUGUUAUGAGAUCCUGACCCUGUCCCUGAGCAAGAAGAAGCAGCAGCAGCAGCAGCAGGACAAGCAGAAGGACACGCAGGAGAGGAAGAUGGCUGCGGAACUCUACCCCGCCAACAACGCCAGCAGCCUGGCCAACGGCACCACGGUGGCGGACACGGAGAAGACCAAGGAGGUGCAGGUGUGCCAGGCCAGCGGCAGCGGCGGCGGCGGGGGGGCGGCGGGAGGCGGAGGAGGCGGCUGCAGCGCCGCGACCACCCCGACCACCCAGCAGAACAUCAACAACAACAACGUCGAGCCGCCCAGCUGGCAGUGCAGCCACCCGACCCUCCGAGAGAGGAACGCCUUGAUGUUCAACAACGAGCUGAUGGCGGACGUCCACUUCAUCGUCGGGCCUUUGGGGGCAUCGCAGAAGGUUCCGGCACACAAGUAUGUGCUGGCCGUGGGAAGCUCCGUCUUCUGUGCCAUGUUUUACGGCGAUCUGGCGGAGGAGGAGUCGGAGAUCCAUAUCCCAGAUGUGGAACCUGCUGCUUUUCUAAUUCUGCUGAAGUACAUGUACAGCGACGAGAUCGACCUGGAGGCGGACACGGUGCUGGCCACCCUGUACGCCGCCAAGAAGUACAUCGUGCCGGCGCUGGCCAAGGCCUGCGUCACCUUCCUGGAGACCAGCCUGGAGGCCAAGAACGCCUGCGUGCUGCUGUCGCAGAGCCGGCUGUUCGAGGAGCCGGAGCUGACGCAGCGCUGCUGGGAGGUGAUCGACGCGCAGGCCGAGCUGGCGCUGCUCUCCGAGGGCUUCUGCGAGAUCGACCUGCAGACGCUGGACAUCAUCCUGCGCCGCGAGACGCUCAACACCAAGGAGGUGGUGGUGUUCGAGGCCGUGAUGGCCUGGGCCGCCGCCGAGUGCCGGCGGCGGGGCCUGGCGCCGUCCACCCGGAACCGGAGGGACGUGCUGGGCAAGGCGCUCUUCCUGGUGCGCAUCCCCACCAUGAGCCUGGAGGAGUUCGCCGACGGCGCGGCGCAGUCCGACAUCCUGACGCUGGAGGAGACGCACAACGUCUUCCUGUGGUACACGGCGGCCAAGAAGCCGCGGCUGGACUUCCCGCUCAGCCCGCGCGCCGGCCUGUCGCCGCAGCGGUGCCACCGCUUCCAGUCCUCGGCGUACCGGAGCAACCAGUGGCGCUACCGCGGCCGCUGCGACAGCAUCCAGUUCGCCGUGGACAAGCGCAUCUUCAUCGCCGGCCUGGGCCUGUACGGCUCCAGCGGCGGCAAGGCCGAGUACAGCGUGAGGAUCGAGCUGAAGCGGCAGGGCGCCGUCCUGGCGCAGAACCUCACCAAGUUCGUGUCGGACGGCUCCAGCAGCACGUUCCCCGUGUGGUUCGAGCACCCGGUGCAGGUGGAGCAGGACGCCUUCUACACCGUCAGCGCCGUGCUGGACGGCAACGAGCUCAGCUACUUCGGCCAGGAGGGCAUGACGGAGGUGCAGUGCGGCAAGGUGACGUUCCAGUUCCAGUGCUCCUCGGACAGCACCAACGGCACCGGCGUGCAGGGGGGGCAGAUCCCCGAGCUGGUCUUCUACGCCUGAGCCCCGCCCCCCUCCGCCCCGGCCCCGCCCCCUCCUCACCUCCCAGCCUUCAACGUAAUGUAGCAUUAAAGACACUCGAGUAACGCCACAGUGAACGGCCGGGCUCCACCCAGAGAGAGACUUAUUU